AUGGUAAAAAUAGGGGCAAAUGAGGUUUUGGUAUCCCAUCUACAAUUUGGCGAAAAUACCAUAAUUUUCUAUGAAGUUGAGCUAGAGCAAUUAGUGUACACUAAAAGGAUCUUAAAAUGUUUUGAAGUUAUGUCUGGGUUGAGGAUAAACUAUGCUAAAAGUGUAGUAUGUGAAGUUGGUGUUAAUGAGGAUGAAUUAGCCAUGUAUGCUGAUUUGUUAAACUAUAAGAUCCAAGGACUGCCCCUAAAAUUCUUAGGUUUACCCGUAGAGGCUAACCCUGGUGGGAAAUCUACUUGGAAACCUGUCUUGGAUAGUGUCAGUUCAAAAUUAGCUGGGUGGAAAAGGAGAUUGCUAUCCUUUGUAGGUAGGCUAACUUUGAUAAAGUCUGUAGUAACAAGUCUUCCUAUAUACUACUUAUCUUUGUUCAAAAUGCCUAGUGGAGUUGCAAAAGAAAUUGAGAAGAUGAAAGCAGCAUCUCUGUGGGGAUGGGAAUGA